GAUGGUCUCGAUCUCCUGACCUCGUGAUCUGCUAGCCUCAGCCUCCCAAAGUGGAUAAUUAUAAGAUAUUUAAGGCAAAAAGAUUAUCAAAAUUCUCACCAAUUGUAGCUUAUACAACAUUCAUGGAAUAAAAACUUGCUUGAUCCACAAAUUCAGCUCAGUUCCAAUAAAAAUCCCAGUAAGUCUUUUUAUAAAGGACUAAGUGUAACAAGGGCAAUUACAAAGAACAGCAAUGUGUGGAAACUCUUGACAUACUACAUAUCAAGACUUAUAAAAUUCUGUAUUAAGAUAGUGUGGUGCUAGUAGAAAGUCAGAAAGUGCCCAAAACAGAACUACAUAUUUAGGAAAACUUGGUAUGAUAUAGAUGGCAUUAUAAACUGAGAAUAGACUACUCAAUAAAUGGUGCUGAGACAAUUAGUUACCUAUAUGGACAAAAAAUUAAUUCCCUACUUCACACUGAUUUUUAUACAAAGUUAGUUCCAUGUGGAUUAAAUAUAUAAAUGGGAAAACCAGAAGAUUUAAAAGAAAACAUACAGAAGAACCGUCCUGAUCUAGGUAGACAGGAUUUCUUGACCAAGACAAAAAGCACAAACAAUAAAAUACGACCGUUUUGGCAAUAUUAAAAUCAAAAACAUCUGUACAAAAAAUUGAACAUAAAUAUAGAGAAGCCACACAGUGAAAGAUAUUAGCAAAAUGUAGUAACAAAAAAGGAUUAGUAUUAACAAUACUCUUACAAAUUGAUAAGCAAAGAUAAAGCCAAUAGAAAAUUGGGCAACAGAAAAAACAAAAACAGAUAUAAAAAAUAAUAAACAUUAACAUGUAACUAUAUAUAAAAUAUAUAAUACUGUUACAUUGUUAAGUUUUGGAUAUAAAAUGCAUAUAAAUAGCACAAACCUAAGUACUAACGUUAAAAAACAUUACUGGGUAUGCGAAACACCAAAUAAGGACAAUAGUCACUACUACAAAGAAGAAUGGGAGACUUUAACUUUUAUUUUUAAAAAUGCGACAUAAAUCUGGCAAAUGUUAACAUUUUUUAAAGUUGGGUAGUGAAUAAACAGGUAUUCUUACUCUCUGCUAGUCUCUGUGUUUGAAAUAUUUCAUGAUAAAGUGAGCAAAUGGUUAAUUUUACAUAAAAAGAACUUUAACAGAUGCAAAAAAUAAAACCUCUUCUCAUUCGACAAGCAGUCUAAAUGGGGAAAAAAGAACCGAAUCAUAAAAAAGGUAGCAGAUAAUGUCACCGUGACUUACCAGCCUAAUUAAAGCUUAUUACUUGUUAUGUAUAUAUCCUUAUUAAACUAAGUAGUUACCGUGUUAAAGCAUUUUAGUGUUUAAAUAAAAGAUUUCAGAACACAACAGAAAUACAUUCCAAUAUGUUGGGGUUUUUACGCUUAGGAAAAUCUACAAUAGUAGUUGAUUUGACAUUUGAAUCACACCUAUCUGAAUUAAGAUGUCCAGUACUACCAAACAAAAGCCACACGAGGCCAUGAAACACUCCCAACUCUGCAUGUUUUAGCCUUUUCAAAGUCCUAGAAACCAACUGAUACUGAUUAAAAACCAAACAAAAAACUACAGCUCUCAGAAAAAUACAUCAUUUUGCACACAAAGGCCAUCCAUAGGCCUCAGAUCUAGAACUCCUGCUUUAAUGUUGCUUCUCCAAUCUCAAACUGAAACAUUGGCUGAGUUACGCUGGAAAAGAAGGCAAAGUGUUCGGGGCCUGAGUUCUAGUUGCGUAAAACCUUUCGGGCUUUCGGCAACUUCUCGAGAGGUUAACACCUUUAACGAGACUUUGUUCCCUAACCGAUGCCGUGGCUGGACAAAUGCCUCUGUCAACUGCUACAAACCCAAAGUCUAUGCUCUAAAGAUAGUGAAGCCGUUCUGUCAAAGUGAAAACAGAAGGGGUAGGUAGGAAGCCGCCCCGCUUUCUUUCAAGCACAGAGACCCAGAGAGACGCCCAGGAGCUCCCGAAAAAAACGUUGGUGCUUAAGAGUUGCCGGGGGUCAGAAACAGCUGUGAGACACUGAAAAAUCCCCACUGUUAUAAUUAUUCAGUAUGUUCCCACUGACUGAGGAAAACAAGCAUGUGGCCCAGUUGUUGCUCAGUACUGGUACUUGUCCAAGAUGUAUCUUCAGAUUCUGUGGUGUGGAUUUUCAUGCACCUUACAAACUUCCAUACAAGGAGUUGCUCAAUGAACUACAGAAAUUUCUGGAAACUGAAAAAGAUGAAUUAAUUUUGGAAGUUAUGAACCCACCUCCCAAGAAAAUUCGACUGCAAGAACUGGAAGAUAGUAUUGAUAAUCUAAGUCAAAAUGGAGAGGGAAGGAUCUCUGUUAGUCAAGAUGGAAGCAUUGCUUCCAAGAACUCGAAUUUAAAUGUAUGUAAUGUAUGCCUAGGAAUUCUUCAAGAAUUCUGUGAGAAAGAUUUUGUUAAAAAGGUGUGCCAAAAGGUUGAAGCCUCUGGGUUUGAAUUCACCAGCUUGGUAUUUUCAGUCUCCUUCCCACCACAACUAUCUGUAAGAGAGCAUGCUGCAUGGUUGCUGGUAAAACAGGAAAUGGGAAAGCAGAGUCUGUCGCUGGGAAGAGAUGAUAUAGUUCAGCUAAAAGAAGCCUACAAAUGGAUAACUCACCCCCUGUUUUCAGAGGAACUGGGUGUUCCCAUUGAUGGAAAGAGCUUGUUUGAAGUGAGUGUGGUCUUUGCUCACCCAGAAACAGUUGAGGAUUGCCACUUCCUAGCUGCGAUAUGCCCAGAUUGUUUUAAGCCAGCCAAAAACAAACAGUCUGUAUUCACUAGAAUGGCAGUUAUGAAAGCCUUGAAUAAGAUAAAAGAAGAGGAUUUCCUUAAGCAGUUUCCUUGUCCUCCAAACUCACCAAAGGCUGUAUGCACUGUUCUUGAAAUUGAAUGUGCUCAUGGUGCUGUUUUUGUGGCUGGGAGGUAUAAUAAAUACUCCAGGAAUCUACCACAAACUCCUUGGAUAAUUGAUGGAGAAAGAAAGCUGGAAUCUUCAGUGGAAGAAUUAAUUUCAGAUCAUCUGUUGGCAGUAUUCAAAGCAGAGAGUUUUAAUUUUUCAUCCUCUGGAAGAGAAGAUGUAGAUGUGAGAACAUUAGGAAAUGGAAGGCCCUUUGCAAUUGAGCUGGUGAAUCCUCAUAGAGUACAUUUCACUUCACAAGAAAUUAAGGAACUUCAGCAGAAAAUUAAUAACUCAUCUAACAAAAUCCAAGUACGUGACUUGCAGCUUGUCACAAGAGAGGCAAUAGGACAUAUGAAAGAAGGUGAAGAAGAAAAGACAAAGACCUACAGUGCCUUAAUAUGGACAGAUAAAGCGAUCCAGAAGAAAGACAUUGAAUUCCUAAAUGACAUAAAGGACUUAAAGAUCGAUCAGAAAACACCUUUGCGCGUCCUUCACCGAAGGCCCCUGGCUGUGCGAGCUCGCGUCAUUCACUCCAUGGAGACGCAGUACGUGGAUGAGCACCACUUCCGCCUGCGCUUGAAAACUCAGGCCGGCACCUACAUUAAAGAGUUUGUACAUGGAGACUUCGGGAGAACCAAGCCAAACAUUGGGUCCCUGAUGAAUGUGACCGCAGACAUUCUUGAGCUGGAUGUUGAGUCUGUAGAUGUUGACUGGCCACCUGCUCUGGAUGACUAGCUUUCAAAUUUGGAGACAAAGAGUAGGGUUUUCCUGGCAUGGUGUGGACAUCCACGGAGCACACGCCGUAAAAUGGCUGUUUACCCACCAUAACGGUGUCUUGGAAACCAUUUGGAUCAUGUUGAUCUAUAUAAUUGUUAAUUUGUUGUAACAUCUCAGGAUCUAUAUAUGUGUAUAUUUUGUGUUAAAUUGUUCCAAGGAUGUCUUACGAUUUUUCUCAUUCCCUCUCUCACCCCCACAAACCAAACUAUGAAUAAUGAAAUAAUUCUCCUUAAUUCUUUCAUUUAGAGAGAUACACAAACAGAACACAUUCUCUCUUAAGAAGCUUUAAUUUCAGCAAGAUUUCCCUCCACAAGAGACAUACUACCUUUAAAAUCAUGUUCUAAUUUUUAAAAAUUAUCUGAAUAAAAGUUACAUCUAGAUUUAUGCAGCAUAAUAUCCUAUAAUAUUCUAAGAUUGCAAAUGCAAAUCUGACAUUAUUAUUUUUCCCAGGAAGCCUCAAACGAGCUAUUACCAAUGAAGUACUUUUGGCUGUGAUUUGUCGUAAAUCUUAACCAAACUAUGAAUAAUGAAAUAAUUCUCAUUAAUACUUUCAUUAAGGAAGAAUUUUGACAAUCUAAAAUUGUCAAUACAUUUUUCCUGUGGAGGGAAAGUAAAACCAUAGGAACCAAGGCAUGCCAUGGUAGGAGCCUUUCAUAAAUCUUUUAAAUAAGGAGAAACAAGUGCCUUUAAUAACUUCAAUCCCAGGGUUAAGAAUUUGAAAAAUUGAGAAUGCUAAACAAAGAGGAACUGAUAUUAUUUCAGAAUACUUCAAUAUAUUAUCCAAUUAUAAACAUUUUAAUGAUACCUUAUUAAAGUAGAUAGGAUAUUGUCUCCAUUUUAUAAAUAUGGAAACCAAAGACUAGAAGUUAAAUGACUUAUCCAAAAUUGUUAGCUACUUCUAUAUUGAGGACUAGAACUGAAGUUUCUUGGUCUCCAGGGUCUUUCUAAUAAGCCCUAUUAUUGAACACCUGUUUGUGUGAAGGGGCAGCUAUGGAUGCCAUUUAAACUCACGUAACUGAGAAUUAACUUUUGGAAUGUAGUUACCAAAUCAAAGAGCUCACCAAAAAAUAGCCCAAGACUAUUUAAUGCAAUCUUAUAUAGUUACCAUUUGUUAUUAAGUUAAAGCUCAGUUGGUAUUACAAAGAGGAAAAACAUUAAGCUAAACCUAAAAAAAAUGAAUGGGUCAUUAAAUUUCAGAAAGGAGCCUUAUUACAAUUUCAGAUUUGAGUAUAAUUUCCAUCACCCUAAUUCAACUAUUUGAGCUUUUUUUAAGAAUACAUGUAACUUGACUAGUAUUAGAUUACUCACCGUUUCCCAUCUCUGUAUUAAACAUAAAUUACAGAUACCAAGAUUCACUUUAGAUAUGAGGAAAAUGGUUUUAAUGGACACAAAGGAGUCAGCCACGUUGGAACCAACAUGGUUUCAUACCACGUUGAAACCAUGUGUUUGAUAUGUGAAUAACAGCAAAUACUUUUUUCACUAUUGUCAAUGCCAAUGCAUUGAAAUGCCCAGAAAAUGAGAAAAGGAUAACAAAUAAACUUUUGAUAAAAAGGUAAGAUUUUCUGUGUGGAUGUUUCUCAGUUUCUGGGAAAAUUUUGCUACAAAAGAGACUUAAAUAAUUUAGGAGGCAGUCUUUCGCAUGGUAUUUUUGGCUUAGCUUUGAAUUCAGUGGACCUGUAAUGUGUAAGAAUGAAGAACGUGCUUAGCAAACUGAAAUGAGAAGACUUCUAUUUCUUAAAUUUCUAUUCCUGAGAUUAUACAAAAUUUCAAGCAAAGAGUAAGCAUUAGCUUUAAAUACUUCUUCCAAAUGUUCAUAGAAUUUUGAGACAAAGAUUGUAAAAAAUUAAUGUUUGUCUUUGUUUCAGGCAGAACUGGGAAUAUUAAGUAGUGAGAGUGCUACAAUUUCCCUUUUGCCUACAUAAAAGCAUUUUAAAAUUAGUUUUAUGAUUUCUUUGUAAGCUUUAUUUAAAUUCGAAGUCUUUUUCAUAACACUUAGAGAAAGAGCCCUUUGUACUUCUUAGUAUCUCUUUGUCCCAAAUAUAGUCUGUGGUUUAUUUUAGGAAAAACAUCAACUCUGGAUACCUGGAAAAGUCAAGAGAAAAUAAAAUUGGCAAAAUGAAAAAUGUCCAAGUAAGAUAACCGGUUACAUUUGUGAGUUAUGUGAAGUAAAUUUAGAAGUUAGAUUUCCAUUUUCUAAGAGAAAAACAUCUUACUUGGCAGAUCUUUUCUUUUGGAGCUAAUUAUUCUUUAAGUCCACUUAAGAGAAUGAACUUUGAUAUCAGCUUUUCUGAUUUUUUAACAAAGGCUACCCUUGUUUAUUAUGAAAAAUAUUACUUUUAUAAUUCUAUUUUGAAUUUCUAAAUUUUGAAAUAAUUCCAAACUUACAGGAAAAGUUGCAAAAAAAGUACAAAGAACCUUUUUCCCUGAGCCAUGGAGUCAGUGAUGCCCCAUGAUCUUAAAGGCUUCAGUGUGUCAUUUCUACAAACCAGGACAUUCUUUUACUUAACCACAACACAGUGAUCAAAAUCGGGAAAUUAACACUGAUAUAUUACCAUCUAACCUACAGACCCUGUUCAAGUUGCCAGUUGUCCCAUCAAUGUCCUUCAUAGUCAAGUGCUCACAUUGCAUUUUGUUAUAUCUCUUUAGUCUCCACCACUCUUACAAGUUUGUCUUUCUUGACUUUAAUUACUUUAACAUUUUUUAAGAUUUCAGGUCAGUUAUUUUGUAGACCGUUCCUCAAUUUGGGUUUGCCUGAUGUUUCCUUUUUAUUAGAUUCAGAUUGUACCUUUUUGGCAAGAAAACCACAAAAGAGAGAUUGUCUUCUUCUUGCAUCUUAUCAGGCGUCACACAGUUUUGAUUUGUCCAGUUUAUUUCCUCUGGACUAACCCUGCAAAGGGCUUUUUCUCUAAGAUCUGAUCUCUUUUAGCAGAAAAUGGUAUUUAGAAACCAAGAUCUGGGCAGUAGGCAUGCUCAUUGUUUUGUGCCAUUGUUGUUUCCAAGCCCUCUCAUGGAACAGAGCUAGGGAACAAACAUGAAUGCAUGUGCAUGCACACACACACACACAUACACAUACACCUAUACAUCUCUGUAUCUACACAUACUGAAAUCUGUAAGAGUUUAUACCAGUACUUCCAAUUCCAACCUCAUUCUAGUUUUCGCCCUUUCCAAAUUUGUAAUUCUCUUCUCUGACUAUAAGAAAUCUGGCUCCUGCUUUUUCCCUGCCGCCACCGAGUUGUAUAGAGGUGGAGUCUCGGGUGCAUUCAAGAUUUGGCUUCACUCGUAACCCACUGCCAUGGCGGAGGAAGGCAGUGCUGCUGGAGGUGCAAUGGACAUUAAUACUGUUUUACAGGAGGUGCUGAAGACCGCCGUCAUCCAUGAUGGCCUAGCACGUGAAAUUUGCAAAGCUGCCAAAGGCUUAGACAAGUGCCAAGCCCAUCUUUGAGUGCUGUGUGUGCUUGCAUCCAACUGUGAUGAGCCUAUGUAUGUCCAGUUGGUGGAGGCCCUUUGUGCUGAACACCAAAUCAACCUAAUUAAGGUUGAUGACAAGAAACUAGGAGAAUGGGCAGGCCUCUGUAAAACUGACAGAGGGGAAACCCCGUAAAGUGGUUGGUUGAAGUUGUGUAGUAGUUAAGAACUAUGGCAAGGAGUCUCAGGCCAAGGACGUCAUUGAAGAGUACUUCAAAUGCAAGAAAUGAACAAAUAAAUUUUUGGCACACA